UUUUAAAACAGAAGGUGAACACUAGAAAAAUCAUAAUCCUCAAGAGACAAUUUAAAUGGAUUUUUCAAGUUUGAUGUUUUUAUUUCAUUUUACAUUCAUCCAACUUGUUUUCCUCACCUUAGCACAGCCCGAUCCCCUGUUUUCUUUCUGCGCCGAAACGGGUAAUUUCACGAGUAACAGUACAUACAAAUCAAAUCUCGACCGUCUCUUCACUACCCUUUCCUCCAACGUCAAAACCACCAAUAAAGGCGGAUUUUAUAGUGAUUCGUACGGCCAGAACACAGAUAAAGUAAACACAAUCGCCCUUUGUAGAGGCGACAAAACGCCAGAUACUUGCAGGAGUUGCAUUAACAACGCUACCCUAGGGCUAACGCAAAGCUGUCCGAAUCAGAAAGAGGCCAUCACUUGGUACGAUGACUGUAUGUUAAGAUACUCCGGUCGUUCCAUUUUAGGCAACAUGGAAUUUCGUCCUGCCGCUUUUAUGUUCAACAUUAACAACGUAUCCGACGUAAAUGAGUUCAAUCAGGUGCUAAACGUUUUGUUAGAUGACUUGAAAAACAGCACCGCGUCCGGUGAUUCUGUUAGAAAGUUCGCUGCAAAUAACGCAGUUGUAAACAACAAUCAAACUCUAUAUGCAUUGACGCAAUGCACUCCCGAUUUGUCGAAGCGGGAUUGCAAUGAUUGCCUCAAUAACGCAACGGCAUUGAUUCCGCAAUAUCUUUACGGGAAGCAAGGAGGGAGAGUAAUUACACCUAGCUGCCAAUUUAGAUAUGAGAUAGAGCAGUUUUAUGACUCUGGCAUCAUGUCACCAUCACCUUCACCGUCACCACCAACAUCACCAUCACCGCAACCUCCUCCAUCGGGUUCAGGCAGCCCAACGGCUCCAGUGCCGCUAUUAACUCCACCACCAUCCUCGCAAACGGCAACACCUCAGCCUAACAACAAUGCAGCUAGCAUAGCAGGUUUUGCAGGAAGAAGAAGUAACACGGCUAUGGCUUUCAUCUUCUGUGUUUUGCUUGUCUCACUUUAGUCUUUUCCAUUUGUUUUGUUACAAGAUUGCAAGAGCAAUUAGGAGAAGCUAAGGUUGAAUCAGUUUAGCUCUGUAUAAUCAAUUUUGCUCUGCCAUCAUGAAGUAGAAGGAAAAAAAUUUAAAUACUUUAGUUUGUGGGUUUGAGGCAUGAAUAAAAAUAGUCAUCUUUCAUGGAAAA